AGCCAUGUGACCUGAGAAACCACAGUACCUAUGGAGAUGCCGGAGUAAAAAAAUAGCAGAACUGGCAUCUCCUAGUAUUGUAGAUCAGGCAGUGUUGGGGUGGGGGUGGGGGGGCUUCCCCUGGAUUUCAUAAAUCUUGGAGAGUCUGCGGUUAUUCAUCAGCGGGUUACGUAACGGAGAAUCGCAUUAUAGAAGCGCAUCUUCCCAGAAGGUGUGGGAGCAGAUGGAGCCGGGGCAUCUUGGCGGCGGUCUAGUUAAAGAGCAGGUCUCCCUUCUCCUGGGGAGGCUGCUGAUGCAUUGUUCAGCAAGUGCAAGGGGGGGAGGCAGAGGGCUGUGGGCGGAUUAUGAUCGAGUUAAAGAUGAAGAGACGGAGGAGGAGGAGGAGGAGGAGGAGGAGAAUCUGGAGGUGAUCACGUUCAUUUCACGUCAUUUCUGCUGCUACGGUUUGUGUUUCACAGUCUCCCGAACCAAAAUCCUCAGCUGAUUAGGCUGCAGACUUCACUUUGGAUUACACAGGGGAAGAUAUGGGAUGCCUGUGGAGAGAGUGCGUGUGUGUGUGUGUGCUUGUGUGCAUCAUAUUCAAACACAAUCAACCUCAGUGGCAUGGGGGGAAAAUCAAUUGCUGAAAAGUUUGCAUGGAUUGAAGGUGUAGGAGGUUAUGACACUUCAAAUCUCAACGAGGCAGCCAUGCUGAAUAAUAAUGCAGCCUGUGCAUGCUCUGCAUUGAAGAUACUUUCUAUUAAGUGCAUUCAAGAGUCCUCUGGUAGAUGAAAUAUAUAAACCCGGGGCACAUCAGCAUCUCAAGUGCAGCAUAUUUCGCUCAUGCUCAUUUAAAUGCCCGUUAAUGGCAAUUCAAAUGUAAUUUUCCUCGCUGCCAGUGAUUGGUUUCAGGUGGAAAUGUGCAUACGCUUACUAAAAUUAGAAAUAUCAGAAAUUGGACAUUUCAUCACAUAAAGUGCAGACAUGACGGCCGCAUCAUGGAUGUUUGCUUAAAGUUCUUCACUGUGCCGGUGUGGCAGCUGCCCGCUCGGACACUCUCCACAGAGCUGCAGGAGUUAUUAGAUAUAUGUCUCUUUGGUACAGAUAUGUGCCUCCAUUAAACCGACUCGAUUCUGACACUUCCCAAAGCGAGAACUCCCCCUCGUCUAAUAAAGAUGGCUUGUCAGCUUCUGGAAGAAUUCGAUCUCCAGGCUGGAUGCUAGUCUGAGCAAGUCGAGUUGAUUUCUCGUGGUGUUUCGAUGAAUAUCAGUUAAUAUGAUUUCAAAGCACGUUUUUAUUUUUUCCCUGUUGCCCCUGCAGGUUGAAUACGCAGCACUUAUCUCUUCACGUGAUAUCUCAAACAGGCUUUUUGCCCCCCCCCCUGUGUUUUAUCAAUCCUACAAAAUUGCUUAAUACAGUUUUGUCUACCUUUCAUUUUUAUGAUUUGAGUGAUUAUGAAGGCGCUGUUUUAUUUUUUUAGGGAGGAUUUGAUGGCCAAUAGUUCUUUGUAAUGUUUCUAAACCUUUCACUUGUCAGUGUCAAAACCUGACAAAGACUCUGCAGUAAAGUAUCGGAUGGAGUCACAGAAACUGUGGACUCAGCACGCUGUGGUGCCCUGCGGAGAAUCGAAUCUUCUGAUCAGCACUUUUGAUAUCCUCACAUUUAACGUUAAAGAUGCCAAAAAAAAGAGACUAAAACAAGCUCAUGUUUCUAUAUUAUAGACGUUUGUGAGCAUGUUAAGCUGCUGUUGUUUUUUUGUUUCUUAAUAUCCCAGCUAGUCCAUCUCGUUGCUGCCAUUUUCAGACUUAGUUGACAUUUUAACAAAAAGGCCUCAGGCGGACCUCAUUUCUCGAAAGCCAAAUUGCAGGAAAUGCUGGUCGGACACCAUCACUCAGCGUCCCCACGUCUAAUUCAAUCACAUUCAGCUUUUCUGGUUCACCUCGACCUGCUUGUUCCUGCCUACAUCUUACCGGACUGAAACAAUAAAAGGUUUCCUCCUCCAGGACAGGACGGUGCGUCAUUGUGUUAAUGUAACUGCUCCAUAUUGACUUUGACAAAUUGAGCCGUCAUGAAACUUCACCAAUUAGGAUAAAGAUGUUUUCGCGGCGGCCUCUCCGGCCUUCGGCGUCUGUCAUUCAGACGGUGCGGGGGUCAGCAACUGAGCUGGGACUGAGCCGCCGUGUCUGGCUGUCGGACAUUUUUUGAUGGAGGUUCACAACGUGGAGUAUAAAUGAUUUCAACGUUAUUCAAUUUCACGCUGAAGUCCCACUUUUGGAAGCCUCGGUAAGAUUUCAGGUCUGUGCGAGCCACAGGGAGGCGAAAUAAAAAUCAAUUUGGUGUUUUUUGAUAUUGAGAUAUUAUAAGUUAAUAGAUUUUUGUAUGUUUACUUCUUCCAUUUUGUGCCCAUCAAUCUCCCAAGUUACCACGGCGGCCAUCACACCGAGCUCCAUUUAACUUGAACUGGCGGAGCGUGGCUUAAUUGUUAAUUGUCAGUCACCUGUGGAACUAAAUCUCCCAGAGCUAUUUCACAGGCCGAGCGUUUGAGAUUUUCAUCAGUCACAGAUAUGCUGGUUAAAUGAACACAGCAAUUAAUCCCACCCCGGUGCCGUUAUCUGUAUCUGCAAACUCAUUACAUAACUGUUUGCAGUACGCAAAUGGCCUCAACAGAGAGACACUGGCUCUUUUAUUUUGUAAACCUGAGCUUCAUGGACUGUAGCAGCUUGAUAGAAACCAAUAAAGACUCCUGUGUUAGAUCAGUCAGCAGCUGCUCCAUAGGUUUGUGUGUUAUUAGCGCGGGUGGGGGGGCAUCAGUAGGAACACCGGUCUUCCUCCUGACUUCUUCUUUGUAAAACGGUGUUGUCAGCUUCAUAACGAAGCUCCCUGCUUAUUGUCUCAGCGUGCAAGGGCGGCACAGGAACGGAGACAAAAGGCGUGGGAAAUUACAUGGGAGCUUGUGCCCAAAUGUGUCUCUAUUCUUGGCCCUCUUUUUUGCAACGGCACGGAAAGAAAAGCCUUGAAAGGAGCGAAAAAGGAGGAGACCGAACAGAAGUGUGUUAUAUGCUGUAGAUGUUCUGCUUCUUCUAGAGACAUGCAAUAGAAAGAUACGCAGCAGGAUUGUGGUUUUUGCAUGAAAAUCACAGAAAGAACCAAUGAUAUUGUCUCAUGUUAUGAUUAGAAUCUCAGCAUCUUAUGAAGAAUAGCAAGGGUAUAUGAAAAUCUGAAUUAAAGCAAAGUUGGUUUAAUAGUUAACGUGACUUUACGGUGUCAUAGCAGGAUGACGUCGGUUUGUGGCUGAGUAACGUUGUGAUUGGCAGUUCCAUUUAUCUGAACAACUGCAGUAUUGUAACAGGAUGGUGGCGAGAUACAAGAAUGCAGCAGAAGGCCAGGUGGUGCACGACAAGUGACACGUAGCUGUUGCAAAAAGGAUAUUGGAGAAAGAUGAUGAUCCAUGUAGCAUGAUCGUUUGAAGGGUAUGGAUAUUGAUGAGCAAGCGCGAGUGACGUGUGAGAAGCUGCAACGUGACCUUUCAAUACUCGAAAGCUCUCUUCCUAAAAUGAUGGUGAAGCCUGGUCGAAGGGAUUUCUUUCACUUUAAAAUGGCCUCCAUCUCAACCUCCCUUAGUAUUCUGGUGCUUCACGGAUAUGCCAACACAUUACUGCACAUUAUAGCCAUCAUUAGUCAUGGCUUCCAGUGAAUUGAUUCACUAAAAUCGAGCAUAUCUCAUCCCUGCUCCCCGAUGAUCGUCUCUAAACUAACAGCGAUAUUACUACUCCUACAUUAUAAUAGAGAUUACAGAAUGCAUCAGAAGCUAUUGCAUAAAAGCGAGUUUUACAAGGCGAGUUUGAAAAAGACGACACCAGAAGCGAGCGGGGGUUUGCAAACUAAUGUGUAGAGGCGGAGGAGGACUGGGAGCCACCAGCCCACACAAACCUGCCAGUAGAAACGUUGCAUCUCUCUGCAGCUUCCUCCUACGUUCUCUCACUGGUCAUUUUGUCAUCUCCUACAAACCGCUAUGUGCCUCCGUGUUUCCCCUCAACCACACUGACCUUUUUUUUUUCUUCUUCUCUUUUUCUGUGUUAAGUUGUUCCAUUCUCUCCGGCCAAGUCUGCAAACCUCACCCACUGUUUUCUGCACCUCGAAUUUCUUCAUCUGACACUUCAAACGAGUAGUAACAUAUUGGCUGCGGGCUGGUAGUGAUGGUUGCAAGAAGCAAAUAGUCAUGAAGUCAAGACUACCGCCUAUUCAUCCACCCAUGCAUGUUCAGUACAUUUGCAGGUGCAAACGCACACAUACGUGCACACACACACACACACACACACACACACACACAGCAAACAAACACUGAUCCUUGGCACUUCAUGUUUAGUGUGUUCUGUCAGUGGAAAGAGGAUAAUUAGCAGUGAGCAUCAAUGUUGCUUUUACAGCUCAGGUUAUGCAAUGAAUACACACUCUGUCACAGUCUCUCUCCCAUUCAAUCUUAUACAUUCUCCGCUUCUCUCUCGCACACCACACAAACGCACAGGCUCUUUCUUUUUCUCUCUCUCUCUCUCUUUCUCUCUCUCUCUCGCUCUCUCUCUCUCUCAAAACCUGAAUUUUUAGAGACGGAAGCGUCUGGAAUUUUUUUUUUCACCACCUCCCACAGACGUCCUCGAACCUAUCAUUUUCUCUGCAGUGGAGCAAUGGUGACGUAUGCUCGUCGCUAGUGCAGCUGAAUUUUAAAAAGCUCUACACCCACGCUCAAUACCACUACUGCAAGCGUAAUUAUCAUAAACUUUCCUUGCUGUCUGUAGCCCUUCAGUCUCCGUGCACGGUGCUCCUGACUUAUUCAUUUGCAGAUAUUAAUUCAGUGGCGAUGCAGAAAGGGGGAGAGUGGAUGUCUUUCUUUUUUAAAUUGGCAGGUUAUUGUGUAAUCUCUAGUGCUGCACGUAUUUUCUGUGUGUGUGUGUGUGUGUGUGUGUGUGUUCCUGCAUGCAGAGAUGGACAGAUUGGCUUACGUCACACCAAGACUGCAGUUUGUUUACAUUAUGUCUCUAAGCGAUUCUCACUGUGCCAUUUGAAGAUACUAAUGUGAAACAUUAUUUUGGGGGCGAAAGGCUUGAUUUCAGUGUGCGGCUUUAACAUGCAUUCCUGUGUGUGAUUCUUUUUCUAAACUAUGUGAAGCAGAUCUUUCAAGGGAAUUUACAGUUUAACUGAUCUGUUUGUGAUUUUUCGAGGAGUCACGUCAAGUGUUAAUUUGUGCCACAGAGGGCUGAAUAGUCACACCCAGGAAAGCAUCAGUGCUCCAGAGGAACUCCCUUGUGACUGCCCACACUUCUAAUUAACCGUGAUAAUUUAUCCCGCCCCCCUCCUCCUUCUUUUUUCUUUCCCCUUAAAGAUGUAAUGACAGCUUUUCAAUCUUAGUUAUGUGCCACACAGCGGCUUGAUCAGUCGGAGAAUACAUGGGUUAUGAAACGUAAAAGUAUGUAAUAACAAUAGCACCUGCACUAUAAUUAGAAAUGACUAUUUUCGCUAUUGAUUUGUCUGUCAAUUAUUUUACAGAUGAAUCAUUUAGUCUAUGAAAUGGCAGAUAACUGUGAAAAAGAUAAAUUCCCUGAAGGCCCCGGUGAAGUCAUCAUUGCUUGAUUUCUUCUACCAACUGUCCUGCACUUCAGUUUAUUAUCACAGAAAGAAAGGAAGCAGAUUAUAGUCAAAAUAAAUGAGGUGGAGCCAGAGAAUAUUUGUCACUUUUGCUUAAAAAUGUAAUUAUUGUUACACAACACAACUAGUGCACUGUAUCGUAAAUGGAGAGCGAUUUUGGACACACACUACAAUCUAUAUGUGUAUCGUCUUCUUAAGUCUCUGUGCUGAACGGUCACUUAUUAGCAAUGUAGCUAAACAUUACUGUUUCACUGUAUCUGAAAAUCUGCAAGCAGAGAAAUAAUUAGGGAGGUAAGGACCAUAAAUUGCAUAAAAACAAAAAGACUAAUGGGGACAUCAUGGAGUCAUGGACCAACCUAAUUUCUCUCAUCCUGGUAUGUUUGGUUAAACCCCCCCUAGGAAACAUAAACACAGGGAGCUCCGGUUGUAGUUUUUUUUCUAAAACUAACAUAAUAUUAAUGUUGGGUCAUACAGCCCCGAUCAAUGUCUACAUAGUAUUUAAAUAAAUGUUCUGACAAUUGUUAUUUUCUUCUUCCCUGUAUACAUUCAAACUAAUGUCUCAACAUUAUCCCGUCUUUUGCCCGAAUGGAGCACAGCUACUUGCAUUUCUUUGCUGGCAACCAGCUAGAAUUUAUAAUCCAGACGAUGGUAUCGGGAGUCAUUUGGUGUGAUUGAAGCCUCGGGCAGAAUGGCGUACAGGGCUGAUUAGAAAUCCAGAGCGCAUGUGUUUGCUCUGUGCCCAUCGCUGUCUCUCAGGUCGGAUGUCUCUCUAAUCAAGGACGCUUUCUGAUAACUGAAUAAUUCACACCUUGUGCGAUGCAUUCACAUGCUCACAUUUGGCUAUAUUUAAAGUCAUGACAUCAAUACCUGGAAAAAAAAAGAAAAGUUCUCACUAAACCUUGUGAGUCACUUCCCGCGAGCUUUGGCAACGAUUUGUCAUGCAGAGCUCUCACCGAACACCUCCGAAUACCGCGGAUGACACGUAUGUUUGUGCUUUCAGAAAGUAACGCAUACGGAUGCUGGAGGCUUGUCAGGUGUGAGUCGUGCUGCUGUUGAGUAUGUGUGAAUGAGAUCACCAACACCUUAUUGACAAAAAAAGAAAGUAUGCAGCGUAGGACUACAACCACCUACCAGCCCUUAUGCUCAUCAUCCUAAAUCAGGUCGCCGCCUUCGUCGACUGUUCCUGUUGCCCCGUUUGCCAGAUGAAGCGAACUGUCUCCUUGAACGAGUGCACAUAUGUGCACAGCCGUCUUCCUCACGCUGACUCACGCUCCAAUGCUGACGAGGGGUUAGUAAGCUUUACUCGUGGCUUGGAUGCAUCACGCAAUAUGCUAGACAACACCAGCACGGCUUCUGUGUCCGUACAUAAACAAGCCAGAGCUGCCCGUCUGUCACGUCUGCUGUUGGAACGUAUCUGUCCUGAGCUUCCUGCUAACAGGUAUUCAGAAGGCAUCACAGGCCUCUGAAAUUGCCUCAGCCCUGAAGGUAAUUGAUGAUACUGUGAAAACCUCUCCUCGCUAUCUCCAGGCUUACGGUGGUCGGAGACUGCAGCGUGGAGACAUCCGAGUGAGGUCGUCUAAUUUCAAAAGUUAAAGUUAGCUCAGAGUUUAAAUCAAAUUUUCAGUCCAGACGACAACAUCUGGGCUUUGGGUGUCGACCGAUAGCGAGUACUGAUCCAGUAUUAUUGUUUGAUUAAGAGGUUGUAUUCCUCACUGUGUGGAAGAGACCGGGAUCAUUCCUCUACGUGUGAGGCAACACCAGGCUCGACUUUAACGGGGCACUCCUAACUUUGUAAAUCUAAAUGUAACAAAUAAAUACAUGGAUAUAUAUUUAGUUCAUUGUUGUUUUUUUUUGUAUAAAAAUAAUAAAUGACAAGCCAGCAACUUGAGAAGAAAUCUUCAAAAUUAACAGGAAUUACAAUUUAAAUCCCUCGAGUUUUGUUUUUGAAAAUAUUUUAAAAUGCAAUCUUCAAAUCAGUAUGCAUUACCUGAGUGAUGUGAUUAUCGCGACUGAAAAUGCAAAUACUAUUGAUUAACAUAAGCCCUUAUUGAAUUCAAUUAAGAAGAAGAGGUGUUUUUCUAUGAGGAUACCUGUUCUGAAUAAAACUUUUGUGUUUUUUCCCAUUAGAUUAAAAAAGAAAAGAAAAUGGCCCCUGUUGUUUUCAGAUUUACUUUAUAAAAAAAUGUACAAUAACAAUGUAAUGUAUUUGUAAAAUGCCAGUAGAAAGUGGAAAAGGGCGUUUGGGAUAUUCAACAAAAAACAUCUUUGUAUCUUUCUGUUUAUGACAUUUACCGACAGCGACAGCUUUGCUGAUAGAGGUGACGCUUUUGUGUUGGUAAGGAUUUUGAAUGUAGCUUCAGGAAAGGAAAGGACAAAGUCAGAUCGGAGUCAUGUUGUCAAAACAACAACAGUACACUCAUGUUUGUAACAGUGACACAAACACACACAGAUGAAUAGAUAAAUGUCCGACACACACGCAGUACAUCUGCUCACAGCGAGACUAAUGUGUACACACUGACACGGAGGCGGAGGGUAAUUCAGGAACCUCAAAACAAGCUAAUCCAGUUUUUCUGAAAAACCCUCCCAGCUGCCAUCAAGAUACGGUUUCAAGAAGGAGAAACAUUGAGCUGUGGGACAGAGGAGGCGAGAGGGGCGCACAAGAGAAGCUCUGUUUCUGUGUCAGUACUUUGAAAUCUCGUGAUUUACCACAGCCCGGGUUUCCUCUGGACCUAUAGACGACAGGAUAGCCGAUUAACUUUAAUCCUAUCAGUGUUUCUCAUGUAGGACGUUGUUAGCCAACACCUGCAUUAAGAAUUACCAGUAGGAACCGACUCCAAGAGAGCCAUGACACAUGGGCUCUCUGGGCCACUUCCUGAGACUGUCCGGUAAGCGGUCGGGCUUCUGCUGGUAACCACAUUAUCGGGUCUGCAUGGCCACAACAUGAUGCAGCUGACAAAAGAAGACUUUUUUUUUUUUUUUGUGCUGGACAAAAGCGACAGAGGGCCUGGAACAUGCAGGAGCUGAGAAUUGAGCUGUAAGGAGAUUUUCACAGCAAUGCCUGAUGGAAGCAAAAGAAAAAAGGCAUGAGGAGGAGAGGGGGAAUAAAGGAUGACCAACGAUUCUAACUGACACAGGAUAUUUCAGGCACCAGGAUGUCUUCGUUUUGAGUCAUAGAGAAGCUCCUUUUGAUGUAAAAUAUGUUGCUGUGCUUCGGGGGUCGUAGACGAACACGACACCACCAGGUCCAGUUGAGCGAAAAGGACUGUUUGCUUGACGAUGAGCCUCAUAUCAUUCCAAACCCCUGCUUCAAAGACUCAGACUCUUUCGUCAACAGCCAGGAAUGGACAUUGAGUCGGUCAGUGCCGGAGCUGAAAGUGGGCAUUGUGGGAAAUCUGUCCAGUGGGAAGUCUGCUUUGGUCCACCGGUACUUGACGGGCACAUAUGUGCAGGAGGAGUCUCCCGAAGGUGGACGCUUCAAGAAAGAAAUCGUGGUGGAUGGACAGAGCUACCUGCUUCUGAUCAGAGAUGAAGGAGGGCCUCCAGAACUGCAGUUUGCUGCCUGGGUGGAUGCGGUGGUGUUCGUCUUCAGCCUGGAGGAUGAGAUCAGCUUCCAGACGGUCUACAAUUACUUCUUGCGCCUCUCCAGCUACAGGAACACAGCUGAGGUCCCCAUGGUCCUCGUUGGAACACAAGACGCAAUCAGUGCUGCCAACCCCAGAGUGAUCGAUGACUCGCGGGCCAGAAAGCUGUCGAAUGACCUGAAGCGCUGCACGUAUUAUGAGACCUGCUCCACCUACGGCCUGAACGUGGAGAGAGUCUUCCAGGACGUUGCCCAGAAGGUCGUGGCCAUGAGGAAAAAGCAGCAGCUCUCCAUCGGCCCGUGCAAAUCUCUCCCCAACUCUCCCAGCCACUCGUCAGUCCCCGCUGCAUCCAUCCCGUCUGUUCACAUUAACCAGGCGGCCAAUGGUGGGGGUGCAUUCAGUGACUACUCCUCCUCCGUUCCCUCCACCCCCAGCAUAAGUCAGCGGGAGAUGCGCAUUGAGACCAUCGCUUCCUCCAACACGCCCACGCCCAUCCGCAAGCAGUCGAAGCGCCGCUCCAACAUUUUCACAUCACGGAAAGCCAGUGAACAAGCAAAGAGCGUUGACAGUAAAACAGACAGCAUAGGCAGUGGGAGGGCCAUACCUAUCAAGCAGGGAAUCCUUCUGAAGCGAAGUGGCAAAUCCCUCAACAAGGAGUGGAAAAAGAAAUAUGUCACACUGUGUGAUAAUGGCGUCCUCACUUACCACCCCAGUUUACAUGACUACAUGCAGAAUGUGCACGGGAAAGAGAUAGACCUGCUGAGGACGACAGUCAAGGUUCCUGGGAAGCGACCCCCCAGAGCGGUGGCCACCGUCGCCCCCACUGCUAGUCCCAAAACCAACGGGCUGACCAAGGACCGCAGCACCUUGCAGCUGGGCAUCGGAAACACAGGUGCUCCUCACUCCAACAGCAGUUCGUCCCUCCAGACGGGCGCGUCGUUGUUUAGUGGCAGCAAAGACGGCAUGCACCAACGCUCCUUCUCUGUGUCCAGCGCCGACCAGUGGAAUGAAGCCAUCAACACCAGUACGAGCAGCGGAGCCCCCAAUGGGAUGAGUGAUCCUGCGAGUUCCUUUGUGGGCAGCGCCACGAGUCCUAAACUUGAGCCGCCUCCUUCGCCACACGCCAACCGCAAGAAACACAGACGGAAAAAGAGCACGGGCAUCACGAAGCCAGACGGCUUAUCUGCAGGCAACGAAGAGCAAGAGGAUUCCUUUGAGUUCAUCAUUGUGUCGUUGACGGGUCAGACGUGGAACUUCGAAGCCUCUACUUAUGAGGAGAGGGAACUGUGGGUCCAAGCCAUUGAGAGUCAGAUCUUCGCCAGCCUGCAGUCUUGUGAGAGCAUAAAGAACAAGUCUCGGUUAGGCAGCCAAAGUGAUGCGAUGGCCAUUCAGUCCACACGAAACGUGAGGGGGAACAGCUUCUGCGUGGACUGUGAUGCACCCAACCCAGACUGGGCCAGUCUGAACCUGGGCGCCUUGAUGUGCAUCGAGUGCUCCGGGAUCCACAGAAACCUGGGCACCCACCUGUCUCGCGUGCGCUCCCUGGACCUGGACGACUGGCCGGUGGAGCUCAGCAUGGUGAUGACGGCCAUUGGCAACUCCAUGGCCAACAGUGUGUGGGAGGGCGAGUUGGAGGGCUACACCAAGCCAGGGAGCGACAGCACCAGGGAGGAGAAGGAGCGCUGGAUCCGAGCCAAGUACGAGCAGAAGGUGUUCCUGGUGGGGCUGCCCCAGUCCGACGUGCCCCUGGGGCAGCAGCUGCUUCGGGCAGUGGUGGAGGACGACCUGAGGUUGGUGGUGGUGCUGCUGGCCCACGGCACCAAGGAGGAGGUCAACGAGACCUACGGGGACGGAGACGGACGCACCGCUCUGCACCUCUCCUGCGCAAUGGCCAACGUGGUGAUCACGCAGCUGCUCAUCUGGUACGGUGUAGACGUGAAGAGUCGUGACGCUCGUGGCCAGACCACGCUGUCCUAUGCCCGGCGAGCCGGCAGCCAGGAGUGCGGCGACAUCUUACUUCAGCACGGCUGCCCCAACGACACGAGCAGCCUGACGUCCGUGGCCACGCCCAACAUGAGCCGCCGCAACCCCAACCCCAACAUCAACAACAACAACGCCCAGUGUGAGCUCAACCGCAGCAUCAGCAUCAUGUAGGAGCCGACGAGCAGCCGCGGACAAACGCACGAAAGAACCCGAAACCCGCUCGCCCCCUUCCCCAGCAUUUCCUCCUCUGUGUGACCCAGAAUCAGUACCAACGGAGAGAAAUCCGGAGCGACGGACUCAUUGUUUAUAUUCCACUAUGCCGAAAGAAGUGGCUGUUCAGACAUUGUACAUUGUUUGUUUUAUAUUAUUAUUUUGUAUUCGUUAAAUUUGUUCAAUCUUGGUCUGAAAUGAUCACGAUCAGCUUUAAGCUCUUUGUUUUUUAAGCGCCAACCAAACAAAUGACUUACUUUUGCAUUCGUACCUUCCCUACGAAAAGCAUUUCCCUAAUGCUUGAACAUUUCCUCUUUAUGUCUUCCCCUUCCGCGACGCGAACCGGUUUUAUAAUGAGCUUGAAAUGAGAAACUUCCUUCAAAUUUCCAAGGCUAAAGCAUAAUAAUAAAACUGUGAGGAAUAUUGUACAAGUGACAAAAACACUGAUGUGGGAAAGAAACUAAACCUUCCAUGAUCUCAAUGGCUGUUGCAGCUUUAGUAAUGAUGCAUGUCUUCAACACGGCGAUCAAACUCGUGACACACUUUUCAUAUACAAAGGCAAAGCAAUUAUAAUUGAAGAGUCCAAAUGAUUUAGACACGUAAUUCACAGGAAAAUGGGUUUGGAUCAUCAUAAAGGAGUUAAUUGCAGAAUUCCUAUCGGGGGAGAAAGUGAGUCAUUUCCUUCGCCUCCCUUGUCGUGAUCCACCAGUGAAAGUGUCCGUGACUAUAAAGGAAUUAAGGGGCACAAUGUUUUAUUACCAUCGAGCCACGUGGCUUCGUAAGCGUGCCUCUUCAAUCAAAAUUCAUUCAAACUCAAACGUUUGAUUGAAACAGUGAAAAUCGUACCGUUAACAACGUCUUUGUUGGAGUAAUUUUUCCCCGAUUGACUAGAUUGUGCUGUUGAUUGUUUGACAUAGAUAGAUAGAUACUGGAAUAUCCAUUCUCCUCCUGUGGCCAAAAAGGCUGUAUAAGCGGUACUCUCCAGAGCGUUUCCUCUUUUGUUGCUGUGAAAUACACAUAUGGUACAGUGUGUGUGUGUGUGUGUGUGUGUGUGUGUGUGUGUGUGUGUGUGUGUGUGUGCGCGUCCAUGCAUUACUGUUCGACACGCUUACGUCUUCGUCUGUGACCGCGUGCAGCAGAGAGCGACCAGGCAUUUUAGUUCAUAAACCUCGAGGAGACACCUGCAGUGCAAGAUGAACAUACCUGUGUUUUAAUGUACAGCCGUCUGUAAAAAAAAAAAAGUAGUUCUUGUUCAUUCACCUUACUCCUUAUAAGAAACAGUCUCUGACUUUCCUUUUUUCCUUAAACCUGUGUGUCAGCCUAAGAAGCGUGGAAUUAACAAAAAUGCAUUUAAGUGACAGAAGUGAGACAUUUAGGGAUUGAAAAUGAGCAAAAGGAGAUUUAUAGAGGGAUGUUACAUUAGUUUGCCUCUCUUUGCGUUAAUACAAAUGUACAGUACACUGACAUGAUAAACAGAUUAAUUUAUAGUAACGGUAAGAAGUUGCAGUUUGCUUUUUGUUCAACUGCCAUUUUUAAGGUUUUUAACCAUCUUGAUUUUAUGGGUUUACAAAGGCAGGAUGUGUGUUUACAGAGCAAAGUUUUUGUACCUUAUGUUCAGGAUUCUGUUUCAUGUUUUUGAAGAUGUGGUCAAAAGAGGAUGUUUGUAAAUCGAUGAGAUAACGACAUAGUAAAAGAAUAGUUUGACAUUUUCUGGAAAUAUGCUUUCUUGAUCAGAAGAUCGAUGGCACUCCCAGGUCUGUGUUUCAUUCGGAGCUGAUGCCAGAAGGCGAUUAGCUUAGCCCAGCAAACAGUUAGCCCAGGCUUAGCAUAAAGUCGCACCAAGUUACUCACUCUAAAACUCUUUCAGUGUUUGUUCAAAUCAAACAAACAAGAAAGAGCAUGUUUAUUUUUAAGCUCCAGAGGUGUUUGUGGGCGGAUUUUCGAACACGCCAACUGUAUCUCCCUGCUCGCGGCCUUUAUGCUAGCUAGGCUAAGCUAACAGCCUCCUGGCUCUAGCUCCAUACUCAACGCACAGGCAGGCCAGCGGCAUUGACCUUCUCAUCUAACUCUCAGCAAGAAAGCACAUUUCUCAAAAUGUCUUUCUAUUUCUUUGAGACAUCCCAAAACCGACCACACAUUCAACCACAUAGCUUCAGAUGGAUGUGUGCUGUGCAGUGGUACCGGCCUUAUUUCUGAUUUCUACUUGACCAAUUUAUUUCAAUGAGUACGUUUCAGUGUCCGAGGGGAUUACUGAGAGGAGUAUAUAGUGACUACCUGAACCCUUAUUUACAUAAUGUAGAUGAUGAAGAAAACACGAGAGACCUGCCUGUCCCCCCCCCCCAGACACAACAUGGACGUGUAAAUAUUAGCUUCAUGCUUUUAUCUGAAGACGAGCUCCUCCUCGAGAAACAAGCUAAACUGGUUUUAGGUCAACGGUCCCUUUUGACCCACGAACCAUAUUUUGAUAUGUUGUUUUUUUCUGUUUCUCCUUAGGCAUAUUUUUACGGUACUUCUGUUUGGUCUCGACCAUGAACCGACCAUCUUUGGUACUUGUGUAUAAUGAUGUACAUUUGACAUAUUUAUAAUGCAGUUUGUAAAUAUCUUUUUUUUGUUUUUUGUUUUGUUGUUCAAGUUAAUUUUCCUAUUGUAAUUCCUUUUUACGUUGAGAACGUGAAACGAAGCAAAAGCUAAAGAGUAACUUGUUGUACGCUUGGAUGCUCAGCUGACUGUUGACCUAUUAAUAAACACUCAAAUAAAAACGAUGUAGCCUUCCCUGCAUUUAGGGGAAAAUCAA